ACUGGCUCGGUUUCCACGGUAACGGCUGACAACGGAGGGACGAUGGUUUACAUCACGGAGGACAUGGUUCGCCGACGAGCCGAGCACAACGAGAGCGAGAUCUUCUCCCUAGAGGAAGUUUCUCUGCAUCAGCAGGACAUCGAGAAGAUCGAGCAUCUGGGCACGUGGUGCAGGGAGCUGAAGAUCCUCUACCUGCAGAACAACCUCAUCGACAGGAUGGAGAAUCUGAGUCGCCUGAAGAAACUGCAGUAUUUGAAUCUGGCCUUGAACAACAUUGAAGUGAUUGAAAACCUUGAAGGCUGUGAGAGUCUGCAGAAGCUGGACUUGACGGUCAAUUUCAUCGGUCGCCUGAGCAGCGUCGAGACUCUGAGACACAACGUUCACCUCAGGGAGCUGUUUCUGGUCGGGAACCCCUGCGCCGAGUUCCAGGGCUACAGACAGUACGUGGUGACAUCUCUGGCACAACUCAAGUGGUUGGACGGGACGAAGAUCAGCCGCUCGGAGAGGAUUGGAGCGUGUCAGGGUUUGGAGGAGGUGAGGAGACGUGUGUGGGUGCAGGAGGAUGAAUACCUGAAGAGGAGGAAGAAGGAGAAAGAGGAAGCAGAGAGGAAGGGAGCAGGAGAGGAUGGAGGAAACGAGGACGACGCCAGCAACGCAGCUGUGUGUUCAGAGGAGGACGAGGAGCAGCAGGAGAAGGAGUUCUGGCACACGCCGUGUUCCUUCACCCCUGAGUCUCGUCUGGAGGCACAUCGCCACCUGGAGGAGAAGAGGAGGGCGAAGGAGAAGUCAAUGGUAAAGACGGAGAAACCCUCAAGGACUCUAAUCACUGUGGACGGACGCGUCCUCAACGUCAACGAACCAAAACUGGACUUCUCUCUGACUGAGGACGAAGACAACAACAGCAUCGUCUUAGACUUGUCUGUUUACAGACCCUCCCCCUGCCCCUCCCACAGACACAUGGACUCCUCCCUCUUGGAUGUGGACAUUCAGCCGACGUUCGCCAGAGUCAGUGUCAAAGGAAAGGUCAUUGAAAACCUGCGCUCAAUCUCCCACUCGAGUGAUGGACGAAUGUUUCAGAUGGUUCUUCCCGUUGAAGUCAGGCCCGACAGCUCCACAGCACUGAGGUCUCAAACCACUGGACACUUGCUCCUCACCAUGCCCCGAGCUAAAUGUGAAAUCAAAGUGACAAGAACCGCCCCUCGUCCAAUCAGACGCAGCCGCUCACCCGAGGACAGAGAGAGAAGAAACAAGGUUCUCGAGUGUCUGGAAGUCAACCCCAGCAGACAUCGGGCACUUGCCCUCAGCAGCAUCGUGCCACAUCAGGAGACGACAGAAGGUCCACUGGAAGCUUCCAGAACAGCUGCACCUACUGCUGCAGGACACGACACGUCCUCUGAGGAGUUUGUGGACGAUCCCGACGUUCCUCCACUUGUUUAAGACGUGGCAUAAUAAUCAAACUGAGACGUGUGCCAGGUUUUUGAUGAAACUGAACACUGACCUGAGGAUUCCUGACUUUAGUUUAAGGACAAUUAAAACUUUUUGUUUUAUUUUAUCUGGUUGUUUAAGUCUACAUAGCUACGUCACAUGUUCACGUCUUUAUCUCACUGUGAGACUUCCACUUAGCUCACUGUGAGACUUCCACUACUGAGGUUUCUAACUCCGGAUAACCUGGUUGACGCACUUUGCCUUGCCGAUUGCUCUUUUUCUGCCUUUGACUGAAUGUCCACGUUGUUCGUUGAGUUGCAAUAUAUUGGAUUUAUUGCUGUGCAUUUACCAUACAUAAGGAAACUCCAUCAAACAAUCAAAGGAGGAGCGCCUCUGCGCCACAGCGGUCGAAAACCGUUUGCCCUUCCAGGUCAAAAACCUGACAAGGACAGUGAUAAUGCCACCUAUAUACACCUGAGCUCCCCCUCUGAGAGUACAACAACCCCACACACACAUUGAGUGAAUUACACCAAACCUCAUAACACAAUCAAACACAUUCGGCUCCCAUAGUGUUGUUUUGUUUUUUUCUGAUGUCGUGUCAGACUUUGCUCACAGCCCAGAGGACACGACUCUGGACAAACAAGUCUCCUUGAAGCUCGGCUAACACUUCGUCUCCUUGUUCUUCACUUUUCUCUGAGUCGUCACCUGAAAAACUCAGCGGUCAUAAAGUCCAUCUCCUCCUCCUACCUCCUUCCUUCCUCCUUCCUCCCUCCUUCCUCCCUCAAUUCCGGAAGCAGCAGCGUCUUCAGAGGACAUUUUGGCACCGGAGCAUUUUUCCUCCUGACAGCUUCACUGUUCUCUUUAUUGUCCACGGUCUAUAUUUGGAACAGACAGGAAGUUCUGACCAUUAAAGAAAAACUGCUCUGAUUCACAGCUGAUCAUCGAAUCAUCCUGACAACCAGAAUGGGAACGAGAAUGUGGACGAGAACGUGGACGAGAACGUGAACGUGAACGAGAACGUGGCUGAGAGUGAGAGCGAGAAUGAGAACGAGAACGAGAACGUGGACGUGGACAAGAACGAGAACGAGAACGUAGACAAAAUAAAGUACACUAAAACACGUCCAAAAUAAAAGUCUCCAUCUCAGUUCGUCCACACUUAAACACAGCCCCAUCGUCUUCUAAAUAAAAGCCUGUAUCUUUUAGUCCAAAUUGAAACACCAAAUUUGGCAGCUUUCAAAAAUAAAAGUCUCAGUUUUCUUCAUCCAAGCUAAAACACUGUUAAUGCUACAACAAACCCUGCCUUUUUCAAAAUAAAAGUCAUUAAAACGCAA